AUGUAUCCCGUUACAAAAGCAGAGGUUAAGCCUGCUGAUAGACCGAAAAAACCUUCCGGAGCUGAGAGGAGGCAACUUUUGAAGGAAAGAAAAAUGGCUGCAGGAACGUGGACGGAGGAAAAUCCCCACAAGAAUGCAGCCCAAAAACGAAGCCAACGGAGGGAAGACCAAACGAAGAAAGGGGAUAAAAGGCCCCAAUCUGAGUCACAGGCUCCCCCCACUCGAAAUGGAACGAAGCGGGCCAGAAAUACUCCGGCAUCGGCUGGCUCGUACAGCGACACUUUGAGAGGUAUCCGACUGGCUGUCAUCCAGAGUAGGCAUCCAGAACCCUAGACCAAGCCCAAGGAGACUUGGUACAAGAAACUCUUGUGGAAAGGCUCUACGCUACCCCUUCAGGCAGUGGAGGAGCACCACAGUUCCAUAGAACAUCGCUUAGCACAGGGGUCAUUUGGAUGACCUGCGCUAACCAGCAGACCGGGGACUGGUUAAAGAGGACGGUCGGCACUCUGGGAAACCUUUGGGAGG